GGCAAAAAAAAAUUUUUGAACAGGUGCAGUGAUGGCAAGCGUCAUUAUUCAACACAUUCAUAGCGUGACACAUAUUUCCUUUUUGGGCCUUUAAAUGGAGUUCCCGUCACCUUCUUCUGGCCCUCCACUGCUGGAGAUAUAUGUAUAAAGUAGACAGAAGCCUGCCAAGAACACCCUCAGCAACUGGCAAGAACAACCAGAUAAAUGGGAUGGGAAAACCUGAGCAGCAUCUCCGAAUUUUUCCUCCUGGGACUCUCAGAGCAGCCAGAGCAACAGGAGGUCCUCUUUGGGCUCUUCCUGUCCAUGUACAUGGUCACAGUGGCAGGCAACCUCCUCAUCAUCCUGGCCAUCAUCACUGACACUCAACUCCACACACCUAUGUACUUCUUCCUGGCCAACCUUUCCCUCACUGACACUGGUCUUGUAUCCAGCAUAGUCCCCAAGAUGCUGGCAAACAUAUGGAUCCAGAGUCAGGUCAUCUCAUAUGCAGGUUGUCUAUCACAACUAUGUUUUUUUAUACUGUUUGGAUUACUGGAGGCACUGCUCUUAGCAGUCAUGGCCUAUGACCGCUAUGUGGCCAUAUGCCACCCACUCCAUUACACUAUGGUCAUGAGCCCUGGGCUCUGUGUCCUCCUAGUGUCUGCAUCCUGGAUCAUGAGCGGCCUCUAUUCCCUCCUACACACACUGUUGAUGAACAGCCUGUCCUUCUGUGCAGAGCACAAGAUCCCACACUUCUUUUGUGACAUCAACCCUCUUCUGAGACUGUCCUGCACAGACCCCUUCAUCAAUGAGCUGGUGAUCUUCAGCAUCGGAGGUCUCACAGUCCUGGUGUGUGUGCUUACCCUGAUUAUCUCUUACACAUACGUUUUCUUGACAAUCUGGAAGAUCCCCUCCACUCAGGGGAAGCAGAAAGCCCUUUCUACCUGCAGCUCUCAUCUCUCUGUGGUCUCUCUAUACUUUGGGACGUCCUCUUCUGUUUAUUUCAAUUCCCCCUCAACCCACUCAUCACUGAAUGGUGCAGUUGCAUCAGUGAUGUAUGUAGCAGUAACUCCAAUGCUGAACCCCUUUAUCUACAGCUUGAGGAACAGAGACAUCAAGUCUUCCCUGAGAAAGCUAAUUUGGGUUAGGAAAAAUUAUUCCCCUUGGUAGUAGUGACUUGACAUCCAGUAUGGGGGUGUCCCCUCAGGUGUACUCCCCACCAGUAAGCAGUGAGAAGCAAGAGAGGGAGAGAAAGUGGAAACCUACUUCUAGGACUUGUGAUCUGAACUUGAAAUUUUCAUUCCUAGCCUAUAAGGGUGCAUCAGAACAAACCCAUUUUCACAUCAAUAUCUUUAGAUAAAGUUCUUAACAUCAUGAUGUUUUAAAGUCAUAGUCACCCUAGUAUAUAAUGUGAUAAAAAAUGUGCUUGAAAACCUUUGGAACCACAGGGAACAAUUCAUGACCACCAGCGAUAUCUGGUUGUGCUGUUGUAUGUGGCUGAGAAUAAACUCCAGGAAGAUAACUUUCUCCUCUCAUCGUGACCUGGAUACCUUGGGUCCAUACCAACAGUGUACCUC